AUGUCUGCAGUGCACAUCAAGGAUGACAUCACAAGAUGCUCGUCAUUUGAGAAGCACACCCUCCAAUUUCGCCAAAUCCAUGCCAUCAGCCCCCAUUUCAGACAUGGCCUGUCUGCGGCCACCCACGACAACCCUGACACUCACACUAAAGACACGAAUCAAAGGAUCUCGGAGGAGAGCACCCCUGAUCAUGGAACCCACCACCAUCGACCCCACAUCCAGACUUACGCCAUGACAGAUUCGCCGGACACACCAGACACAACACACCCAUUGAGCUCGCAGGAGCUCGAGGUGGGGCUCAUCUACGCUGUGCUCACCUACCAGGGUGAGCUUGCCUCCUGGAACUGGGCCUUCUUCAUCCUGAACCCCAGCGUUGAGCCGAUUGGCACCGCCAGGACCAUGUUCCACGUUGUCAAGACAGACUCAGCAGGCAUGUGGCGCUUUGAGGUCGAGUUGCGUGUAGUGUUGCCACGGCUUCGGCCUGGAACCGACUUAGAGCUGGAGCCGGCACUGGUUAUUAGUCGAGCCAUGCCUCGGUUCAGCUUAGGAAGCUGCAGCUUUCCAAUUGCGGUUAAAGUUGCGGCUUCGGUUAGUAGCCAGUGCCAAGUCGACUAA